AUGGAUAAUGCUAAUGAGCCUCACAACGUGAUCAUCCUGAAGCAUUUCACUGAGAAAAACAGGGCAGUCGUGGUAGACAUCAAAACCAGAAAGAGAAAAACAGUGAAAGACUAUCAGCUGAUUCAGAAGUGUGGGCAGGAAGGCAAUGAGUCCCAGACCCAGCUGAGACAGUAUCUCCAGCACUUUGUGCUUAUAUCCACACACCUUCUGCAGACCACCGUGGACAGUAGCUAUGCUGAGGCAGUGGAAGCCACUUGGGUCUUGUCACUCGCCCUAAAGGGGCUUUACAGAACACUUAAGAUUCAUGGCUUUAAGGAGGUCCAAGCUGCCUUUCUUCAGUCUGGUUUACUCAAGCUUCUAGUGAAGAAAUGUAGCAAAGGAACUGGCUUCAGUAAGACCUGGCUUCUCAGAGACCUGGAGAUUUUGUCAAUAAUGCUGUAUUCCUCAAAGAAAGAGAUCACUUCCCUGGCUGAACGUGAGGAUACUGAACUGGAAGAAAGGGAACAAGAUCAAGAUGUAGAGCAACCCAUUGUUGCUCCUGUUGAGUUGGAGCAGAACAAACUUGAUCCUCUGGAGGGUUUAGAUGAAGCCACCAAAAUAUGCUUCUUGAUGACACACGAUGCACUUAAUGCACCUCUCCACAUUCUUCGAGCCAUGUAUGAGUUGCAAAUGAAAAGAACAGACUCUUUUUUCCUGGAGGUUCAAAAGAGGUUUGAUGGAGAUGUAAUUACAACAGAUGAGAGGAUCCGGACUCUGGCUCAGAAGUGGCAACCCAGCAAGCGUCUGAGGCUGGAGGAGCAGAGUUCAAAGGCAGUAGACACAGAUAUGAUCAUCUUACCAUGCUUGUCAAAGCCUGCGCUCUGUGAGAAAGCCACAGAAGAAACCAAUCCAGUUGCCCAGAAGCUGAUAACCAACACAGAGAGUGACCUGCAGCUCAGUUAUGCCAAGCAACGUCGCACCAAGAGCUCAAUCCUCCUGCACAAGGAGCUGGACUCCAGGAGUAAGAAGGCUGUGAGGGACUACCUGUAUCGUGUCAACGAGGCGACCGCUGUUCUCUACGCCAGGCAUGUGCUGGCAUCGUUGUUAGCUGAGUGGCCAGAUGAUGUGGCAAUAAAUGAGGAAAUCCUAGAUCUUAGUGGCCCAGCCCAUAUGACAUACAUACUGGACAUGCUUAUGCAGCUAGAGGAAAAGCAGUUAUGGGAAAAAAUUCUCCAGAAGGUGCUGCAGGGGUGCAGUGAGGGCAUGCUGGGCACCAUGGCCCUGACAGCCUGCCAGUUCAUGGAGGAGCCCGGCAUGGCCGUCCAGCUGCGCGAGUCCAGGCACCCCUACAACAACAACACCAACUUCGAGGAUAAAGUUCACAUUCCUGGUGCUAUCUACCUCUCCAUCAAGUUUGACCCUCGGUGUAACACAGAAGAGGGCUGUGAUGAGCUGCUCAUGUCCAGCAGCAGUGAUUUCCAGCAGGAUCGGCACAGCUUCAGUGGCUCUCCACAGAAAUGGAACGACUUUGAGCUGCCAGGAGACACACUCUAUUACAGAUUUACUUCUGACAUGAGCAACACUGAGUGGGGUUAUAAGUUUACAGUGACAGCAGGUCAUCUGGGAAGGUUUCAGACAGGAUUUGAAAUUCUAAAGCAGAUGCUGUCUGAGGAAAGGGUAGUUCCUCACCUCCCCCUGGCCAGGAUUUGGGAGUGGCAGGUGGGGGUGGCGUGUCGCCAGACUGGCCACCAGCGCCUGAAGGCCAUCCACUUGCUCCUCAAGAUAGUGCAGUGCAGCACCCAGAGGGACUGUGACCUCACUUUGUUGAAGCCACUUUGGCAGCUUUUCACCCAUAUGGAAAACAACCUGUAUCAUGACAUGGCCAAGCCUGGAAUUCUCCUUCCUCUUCAUCGUGCACUUGCAGAACUCUUCUUUGUAACAGAGAACAGAGUUACUGAGCUUGGAUCUCUACAGGAGUAUUUGCUUGCCUUAAAUACUGAAGAUCAUCUUCAUCGCUGCACAGCACAGGCCCUGAAAAACAUUGCUGCUAUCAGCCUUGCCAUUAACUAUCCAAACAAAUCGACAAGUUUCUGGAAUGUUUAA